UUAUCAUUUGAUAAUGAAGAAAAUCUUUAUGUUGUUGAUCAGGGAAACCAUCGAAUCCAAAAAUAUGAAAAAAUUUUAAAUUAAUUUCGCAAAACUUUGAUUUUUAUUUUUAAAAAUAAAUAAAGGGUGUGGGUGCGAUCUCUAACUGAUAUCUGCACAUCCUCAACUCCAUUAUGGGCUAUCUGAUUCACUUUUAUCCUACCGUAAAUGAUAAUUAAUGUUUAUAUAAAACAAUAAUCGGUAGAUGUUACAAUACUAGCAUUGAUAUACACUCAAUGAGUAGAAAACAAAUGAAUAACUACAUAAGAAAUUAGUAUAGAGAAUGCGAAAUUUUUUUUUCUAAAUCUUCGGAGUGAGAUUUUAUAAUCGGUUUAAAAAUAAAUUUUCACACGCCUACGUGUUGAGAAAGGCGCGUGCUGUUAUCAAUACACGAAGAAAAAUAUGACUGAUACUCUCUAUUUACCGAAGAAUAAUAAAAUUGAUGCUUGUCGAUGUUGACGGUAUGAGAAAAAUAUAAUGUAAGUCAUACUUACACAGAAAAAUGAAAUCAUUUAUAUAGAUAUAAUAUUUUAUCGGAGUCAAGAAAAAAUGCUACGAAAAGGGUUCUACUACUGUUUGUUCUUUUUUGUUGUGAAGUAAGUGAUAUUUAUGUUUUGAUCUUCAAAAAAAAUCUUUUAUUUUAGUGUAUCAGAUAUUCCACCGGCAACAGCUAGCACUUCAACUCUUUCAGCAAGAUUAGAGAGUGACAUUUGUUUGACGGCAACAUGGGCUACACGAGGCAUUACAGUUGCUGGUGGAAAGGGUUUUGGACACGGUCUUGAUCAAUUAGCUGAUCCUUAUGGAAUUUUUCUUGAUGUUAAUGAUACUAUCUAUAUCGCAGAUCGUUCUAAUCAUCGUAUUAUCAUGUGGGAACAAAAUGCUACAAUAGGUCAAUUAGUUGCUGGUGCAGAAUGGGAAAGUACGCGUUCUAUGUCAUUGAAUAUGCCACAGGAUGUUGUCGUUGACAAAAACGGAACAAUGUAUAUUAGUGAUGGAGGAAAUCGGCGUGUUGUUCGUUGGCAACGAGAUGCUGAAGAAGGAGAAGUAAUAAUUGAUCAUAUUCAAGCCGUUGGUAUAGGACAAGAUGAUGAAGGAUCGAUUUAUGUGUCUGAAUAUGCAGAUGGUCGUAUCACAAAAUGGAACAUGAAUGACGAUGAACUAAAUGGACAAGUUAUAGCGACACAAUUACGUCAAUCGAAUUUUUUAUUUGUUGAUCAAAAUCGAUCCGUCUACUCAGUGGGUUAUAUGGCUCAUCGAAUAGUCAAAGUAUCUGAAGAUGCUGAAGAACCUAUUAUUGUUGCAGGGCAAUCUGAUAAAUCAGGUCGCGACUUAGAUCAGCUAGCUUUCCCAACGGGUGUUUUUGUUGAUCAAUUAGGUACUAUUUAUAUAGCUGAUACUGACAACCAUCGAGUUGUGCGUUGGCCACGAGGAGCAACAUCUGGUAAUUUAAUGAUUGGUGAACAUGGUGUUGGUUCAGAAUCCGAUCAACUACAUAAUCCUUCUGAUUUAUUUCUCGAUCGAUAUGGAAAUCUUUAUGUUACUGAUACUCUCAAUAAUCGUGUGCAAAAAUUUAUGAUUGAUAAGAGUUCAUGUCUCACCAACUAA